GGUUGGCUCCCCGAAAAAAAAUCGGAGUCUCCCACCAGAAAAUCAAAAUCUGCUCAGCCUCCCCCCAGCGCCGCCUCGCCGGCAGCCGCCGCCGCCACCGGCCACCUCCUCCCCUACCGUUUCCAUCGGCAGCUUUCCCGCGCCGCAACCGCCUCGCCCCGCUACGGCCACCGGCUCGCGCCUUCGCUCUGCUCUUGUCCCUUCUCCUUCCGGAAUCCAGGCGCGCGCGCCGGGACAGGGAAGCGGUCCGGAUGCUACUCUGCUGCUCUCCGUCCCUCCCUGGGCUCCAGACCAGUGCGCAGCUCCCGUCGCUUUGCCCGACCAGCUUGCCUCGGGCUCGGGGCGUGCUCAAUACCGGCGAGCAGGGGAACCGCAGGAGCAGCAAGUUCCACCGCGUCAGGGCGCAAGCUCUGAAGCCCAGGAACCAGUCUUUGCGCGCCGAAUCCCACCGGGCUGAUGGACACGGUGACCCUGCGGAUGAAGACCCGGGAGGGGAGUUGCCUUCCUCCGCGGCGCCGUUGCUGCCGGACGCCGAGGCGGUCGCGUUCUCGCUGCGAAUGUGCCGGAGCGCGGCCGGCGUCCGGAGAGCGCACGCGGCUGCCCUGAGGUCGCUCGACGGCCUGACGGUGUUGGUGUCCAACAAUUUGAUCAGCGCGUACGUGAGGUUCGACGAGACGGCGGCUGCGAGGAAGGUGUUCGACGGAAUGCCCGAGAGGAGCAUCGUGUCGUGGACCGCGAUGAUGAGCGGGUAUCAGAGGCUCGGGCGCCGCGGUCAGGUUGUGAGGCUCUUCUUGGAUAUGCUGGCCACUGGGCUGCGAGGUAACAGCCUGACCUUUGUUUGCCUACUGAAAUCCUGCGGGGAGCGGGGCGAUGCUAGUCUGGGGCGUCAGGUCCACUGUUGCGCCGUGAAGGGUGGGUGGAGCAAUGUGAUAAUGGACAGCGCCGUCGCGCACUUCUACGCUCGGUGCGGUGAUGUCGCUGCUGCUUCAGCCGUGUUCGAUAGGAUGGCUUCCCGCGAUGUUGUCUCAUGGACAACAAUGGUCACGGCUUAUGUGCAGCAUGGGCAUGGUGACAAAGCUCUCCAGAUGUUUCCAGAGAUGGUAUCCGAGGGAUUUCGCCCCAAUGAGUUCACCGUGUGCAGCGCCCUCAAGGCCUGCGCGGAGGAGAAGGCUCUGAGAUUUGGGAAGCAACUGCAUGGUGCUGUUGUGAAGAAGCUAUACAAAUAUGAUAUCCAUGUCGGCAGCGCGCUUGUCACCAUGUAUGCCAGAUGUGGUGAGGUGUUUGAUGCUCAGACGGUGUUUGAUAAGAUGCCAAGAAGAAACACUAUUACAUGGACUUCAAUGAUCUCUGGAUACGCGCAACGUGGCUAUGGCGAAGAAGCUGUCUUGUUGUUCCGAAAGAUGAAGAUGCGCAGAGUAUUUGUUAACAACCUCACUAUCGUUGGUCUCCUUAGUGCUUGUGGCUCUAUGCAGUCACUUUAUCUUGGAAAAGAGCUGCACGCACAGAUAAUAAAGAACUCUAUGGAAGAGAAUCUUCAAAUUGGGAGCACGCUUGUUUGGUUCUACUCGAAAUGUGGGGCACAUACUUAUGCUGCGAAAAUUCUAGAAGCCAUGCCUGACCGCGAUGCUGUCGCAUGGACUGCUAUGAUUUCAGGCUACAACAAUCUUGGCCAGAACGUUGAAGCGCUUAAAUCAUUAGAUGAGAUGUUAUGGGAUGGGGUAGAACCAAAUACUUAUACUUAUUCCUCAGCUUUGAAAGCUUGUGCCAGAUUGGAGUCCCUGCGCGAUGGAAGGAGGAUCCAUGGUGUUGUUAAAAAGACUCAAGCUUUGUCCAAUGUCUUUGUGGGAUGCUCACUGAUCGAUAUGUAUAUGCGGUGUGGGAAAGUUGAAGAAGCUCGAAGAGUCUUUGAUGCCAUGCCAGAGCACAACCUGGUAGCAUGGAAGGUGAUGAUUACAGGAUUUACUCAGAAUGGACUCUGUAAAGAGGCUUUGAAGUACAUGUACCUAAUGCAGCAAGAAGGGUAUGAUGUCGAUGACUUUGUGCUUUCAACAGUUUUGACAUCAUGUGGAGAUCUUCAGUUGAAAUCAGAUUGCAUAUCUUUUCUAGCUCAAUAACCACUUUCAGUGGAGUUUGACUAGUUAGUUAAUAUCAGCCAAAUGCCGGUGCAAUUGUACAAAGUCAAUGGUUGGUCUCAGGAUUCUGAAACAAGUUUCUUUAUCUGAUUAUAUGCAUUAGGAAACGUGAUCAGAAACCAGUCGUUUCAAGGUGUAGCUAUACGUGUCUGUAGUUCUGUACUCCUAGUUCAAAGGAGCCUCAACUAACCAUUGUCCUCUGAUUUCCCUUAAAGCUGUGUAUACCACAUUACCACAAUUUAAGCAUUGUUAGCUUGUUGCAACCAACAUCAUUUCUUGAAGUUUAAUAUAUCCUGUGGUCAACGAGAAUUUGUC